AUGGCGCAAGUCCUCGCGGUGAUAGCACACUUACAAUCACGCGAUGCAGCUCAGCGUAUCAUCCAGCUCCGCCUCCAGACUUCCCUACGGAAACGUUCACACAGAGUCUUAUCUUACCUGCUCAACAAUGGCGCAGACAUCAGUGACGUACACCCCGGGUGGCUCUACAAUGACGACCUAUUCGCCAAGCCCUCGCUCGAGGCGCUGGAGAUACUCAUCGCUCACGGCUGGGAUAUCGAUUCCCGGCGAGACGGCACAAGCUGGCCACUGCUGUGGGGUGUGGUGCAGUUUCCCGAUCUUGUACAGUGGUGCCUUGAUCACGGAGCCAGCGUAUAUUUGCCCGGCGACACUCCUCCGAGAGCUGCCGACGGCGACAUAGGCAAACUCCCACGCAUAACGCUGCUUGAGUCUGCUGCGGGCGAUGGUUCAGUCGCGAUAUUCAAGCUACUGCGAGAAAAGGGCGCUCCUUUCCACCCACGUGUACUCCAUGCCGCCGUUGAGCGCGCUGUUGUCCACGCACCAUUCUUUGAUUCCUCCUCCAGCCAUCGCCGGGACCAGUUCAAUGAGCGCAUGGUCAUGAUACGAUACCUUGUAGAUGAAGUUGGCAUCGACGUUCGCUCGCAAUGGCUGAAGCCAGGUAGAGUUGGCGCCACGCCAUUGGAGUAUGUAGCUCAUCACACCUCCAGCAGCAACAAGGACGUGAGAGACUUAAUCUGGUUCUUGCUGGAUCGUGGUGCAGACCCUAAUCAUGCUUCCGUUCUUAAAGAUGGCUACAAAAGUUAUAAAGAUAUUAUAUAUAAGGGGCCUGAUAUUUCAUAUCCCAGUCCAUUUGAGGUAGCUCAGCAGAGUUCCCGCCCGCACUUUCUCGAGGUUGUUCAAGAGUGGCAGAGACGGCAGCGUAGUAGCGCAACCUGGUGGACUUGGGGAACAUCGUGGAUCUCAUGGCCUUUUACUAAACAGAGCAGCUAA